AUGGCUUUGUCUUUAUUUAUUCUUAUCAGUUGGUUUGUAUGUAUACUUACAUGUUAUUAUGUAAUUCGUCCUAUUUCGAUUAAAUUAGUUCGAUUUAUUUUAACAAGUUUUUUAUGUAUAUUAUUAAGUUAUAUCACUUGUCAAAAUCUUCCUCAAUUUGAUUCAUUGGGAACAUUAACAAUUGUAAUAUGUUGGUUAAUGUCAAUUCGUUUAAUUUCUUUGACAUCCUUUUCAACAAAAACAUUAUUAACAUUUCCAUCAUUUCUAUUGAAAACUCUUUGGAUGUGCUUUCCAAUUUUACCUAGAAAAACAGCACAAAAUCAAUGGCCUAUAAUAUUUAGUAUAAUAUUAAUUAUGAUUAAAUUAGUAAUAAAUCAUUGGAUUUAUCGAUGGUUUAUGAAAUGUGAAAUGGGAGUUAGUCAUCAAAGAGUUUUUAUGUUUUAUUUAGCUUUAAUAACAAUAUCGUAUGUUGUUGAGAUUGAAAUGAUUUUCGUUCGAAUUUUAACUCUAGAUAAAUAUACAUUUGAAUCAUUUACCAAUUUUCCAAUAUUUAGUUCAUCAUUACGAGAAUUUUGGGGUCGAAGAUACAAUCGAAUUAUUCAUACAAUUUUAAAAGAAUCAAUUUUUGAACCAAUUCGAUUAGAAUUUUCAUCUUCAACCAUUGGAGCAUUAACAACAUUUAUUACAAACGGUCUUCUUCAUGCUCAUAUAUGCCUUGUUACUUUUGGUGGUAAAUCAUUAUUUCCAACCUUUAUAUUUUUCUUUUUACAUGGCAUUGCUUGUUCUAUUGAAACAAAAAUGAAAAUUCAACUUCCUAAAUAUGUCGAAUGGAUAAUAACACAUAUAUUUCUUCUUAUUACAGCACCACUCGCAGUUAAACCAUUUAUAGAUAAAGGAUCUCCAUUUAUGAUGCUUAAUCCUCCACCAUUUAUCAACGUUGGAUGGAUACCAAAAUUAUCUCUACCUAAUUUUUGUCCAUGA